ACACCAUCGCUUACAUGGCUGGCUCAAUAUCGGUCAGAAUAGACCACAGCAAGCACCGUUGAAAACCCCUUGGAAUUAGCAUGAACGGCGAUGAAUUGGACCUCUCAAAUAUAUUAGACCCUCAUAAUAUAAUUAUUAAGUAAAGGUCUAUCUCACAGCAAUCCGUUUCAUUUGCAGGUACAUCGUUUAGCCUACUUUUUACUUCGUGGUGCCCUGAUGGACGGUUAGUUGUUUUGUUUAAUCCGUUGACAGAGAGAAAUGGACACAGAAUAAUAACCAUAUAUUUAAUUUAGCAUUAUUAAAUUACGGGUACACGUCCAGCAAUGGCAGAUGCGGAGUUGCAAACCUUCACAUCAAUUAUGGACGCACUCGUGCGCAUAAGCUCCAAUAUGAAGAGUAUAGCAAGAGAGCUGCAUUGUCCAGUGUGUGAGGAGAUGGUGAAGCAGCCAAUAGUGUUGCCAUGUCUACACAGUGUAUGUGUGCUGUGUGCGGCAGAGGUUUUGGUUCAGAGGGGCUACCCUCCACCCGAGCUCCCCCCAGACCCCAACACUCCGACUUCCAGCCCCAACAUGCGCUCUCCCAGACAGACACGUAGACCUCCACCAAAAACAGACCGCCUGGACCGGGUGAUCAGGACAGUGUGUGGGACACAUCCAGGACGCAGACGUAAAGACACCCCUCCAGUGAUUAUGCUGUUCCCCUGUCCCACCUGUGGAAAGGAUGUGGAGUUGGGAGAGAGAGGGCUUGCAGACUGCCUCAGAAACAUCACCCUGGAGCGCAUCGUGGAGAGGUACAGGCAGACAGUGAGUCUUGGUAGCAUGGCAAUCAUGUGCCAGUUCUGCAAGCCUCCUCAGGCUCUAGAGGCCACCAAAGGUUGCGCUGACUGCAGGUCCAACUUCUGUAAUGAGUGCUUUAAACUGUACCACCCCUGGGGCACACCACGAGCCCAACAUGAACACAUCCUUCCUACACACAGCUUCAGACCCAAGGUGUUAGUGUGCGUGGAACAUGAGCAUGAAAAGUUGCAGUUUUACUGUAGGUCAUGCCAGCGCCUGUUGUGCCCACUUUGUAAGCUACGUCGUGCCCAUUGUGGCCACAAGAUCAUGCCCAUUGCAUUGGCUUACCAAACUCUAAAGGAGAAAAUCACCAAGGAGAUGAACUACAUCUUGGCCAAUCAGGAUGCUGUACAGGCGCAGAUCACCCAAGUAGAGAGCGGCAUUGCUCAGACUGAGGUGAACAGUGCAGUGGCCAAGGAGCAGUUGAAUCAGUGUGUCAAUGAGUUGCGUGGGGUGCUGGCGGAGCGUCAGGGGGCACUGGCCAUGUUGCUGGAGGGGGAUCGUGCACAGCGGGCAGGGUCUCUGAAUGUACAGCUCUCAGAAAAACAGAGUCUUAUGGAAAAUGCAGGGCUGCUCACAUAUACACAGGAGUUGCUAAAAGAAACUGAUCAACCCUGCUUUGUGCAGGCUGCCAGAGUCACACACAACAGAUUGGUGAAAGCAAUAGAACAUAUUCAGCAUUUCUCUCUGUCUGCUGAUCCUUCAUUCCGACACUUUCAGCUGGACGUCUCCAGAGAGCUCAAAGCAUUUAGCAGCAUGAACUUUAUACAAGCCCCAUUGGCUCCUGUGAUUGACACUCAAAAGACACUGGCCUAUGACCAGCUUUAUUUAUGCUGGCGCCUCCCACAGGACUCCGCUCCUGCCUGGCACUACUCAGUAGAGUAUCAGAGAAAAGUGGGUGGUGCUGGGACAUUAUGGGGCGGAGUCCGGUCUGAUGGAGGCCCUGGAACUAAUGGCACACACUGUCCAUGGCAACGUCUGGAUGAUGUAGGCGGGACUAGUGCAGUGAUUGACGAGCUAGAAAUGGACAGUGUGUAUGUUCUAAGAGUUAGAGGAUGUAAUAAGGCAGGCUUUGGAGAGUAUAGUGAGGAGGUGUAUCUACACACACCACCUGCACCAGUGUUGUCGUUCUGCCUGGAUUCCCGCUGGGGCCUGCAUGCUGAGCGGGUUGCUCUGGGCAAAGGGCAGACGUAUGCCCGGAGUGUGCCUGGAUUGACUCUGUUGCAGGCAGCUGAUCGGGCCCUUACCUCAUGCCACCUCACCUCUGACCUCCUUGUGGCUGACAUUUCCAUCACACAGGGACGUCAUUACUGGGCAUGCUCAGUGGAGCCUGGAUCCUACCUGCUCAAGGUGGGAGUGGGUUUAGAAGCAAAACUGCAGGAGUGGUUCCAUCUUCCACAAGACAUGGCAAGUCCACGUUAUGAUCCAGACAGUGGACAUGACAGCGGGGCAGAGGAUGCUCAGGACUGUCCUCCUCCAUUCUGUUUCCUCACAAUGGGCAUGGGCAAGAUCUUACUGCCCAAGUGUGGGUCAUCUGACUCUUCUAAUGGCCCCCUCACUGCUCCCCUGCCACCUCGCCUUGGACUGUGUCUGGACUUUGAGAAGGGACGGCUCACUUUCUAUGACGCACACUCUCUGCGAGUGCUGUGGGAGGGGACUGUUGAUUGCUCCGCCCCUGUUUGCCCAACCUUCUGUUUCAUUGGUGGAGGGGCUCUGCAGCUGCAGGAGCUAAUAGCCAAUCGCUGUGUAGAGCAGAACCCACCGAGAAGAGUGUCCAUCCAAACACGUCCUACCGAUCUCACUCACUAAAACAAGCCAUGAGACCACUAAUCAGCAUCUUAAAGCAAAUGUUCUUUUAUCAUUUUCUAUUGACUUUGUUUAGCUGCUAAUUUCGUAGCUACUGAUGCAUUCAUUUGUGAUAUUCAUUUAACAACAAUCAAAGGAUAAAAUAUCCUUAUCCUUGUUUGUGAUGCUAACAACAUGCAGUGGUUAUGGAUGCUAACAACAUGUAGUGGUUAUGGAUGCUAACAACAUGUAGCAUGCUAACAUGAAGGUUAGUAUUAAAUAGAGGAAUCAUUUGUUUUUAUUUUCUCACAAUCAAAAACAAUACAAUUGUAAUUCAGGUCUAAAGGUUAAUCAAGAUGCAAGAUGAUCCAAGUUAAGACUUAACUCAUUCAUUUUAAACAGUAUUAUGAAAGCCAAUGACUCCUCACUAUUUACAAACUUGUUUUCCAUCAUUGUUAGCAUGUGAGCUACCCAAUAUGGGUGUGAUAAUUCAUCAACAAUGUGUGAGCUUUUUACAAGAAUGCCUUGAAAUGUGAUCACUUUGCGAUUCGUUUCCUGAGACUAAACUGAGAUGUGAAACAUUUGGACAUAUUUUGUUGGUGUCGUACUUGGUUUGUUUGAGUAAAAACAGGGCUGAAUGAAACAUCCAGCAAGUGAUUUGAGUGAACACUAAAAGAAUGACUAUGACUAUGUAAUGCAAGAAACUGAGCUGCGGGUUUGUCUCGCUUGUGUGAGAUCCCUACAGGAGCCUGCUGUAAUAUUACAACUCUGACUAACCCAUUUUAAUUUCCAUUUCCAAAACACUUUUGUCUUUGAUACACCUCAUACUUUUUUGUCAUAAUCAAGACUGUUAUUGUCAUAUUUUGUUUACAGACUGUUUAUGGGAACAGCUUGGCAAUGAUUUAGCAGGCAAAGUUGAAUUUUCGAAAUGGAUGCUGCUAAUGACCAUGCAGCUCUCAGUCAUGUGGGUUUAUGUCAGUGUGAGGACAUUUUUGAAUUGUAUGUUGUAUGUAUCAUGAAUUUAGUUAUGUUGUGUGUGUGUGAGAGAGGUAUUGUUAUUGCAAUAAAGACAGUAAUCAGUUGCUGAAAGCUGUGGUUUUGGCCAUGUUUUCUGCUAUUUGGGUGCAAUGUUUCAGAUUAAUGUCUUGUGUGAAUUUAUAAUGAUGUUCAGGAUAUUAUGUAGCAUUUCAUAUUUUGA